AAUACAUCAACAAAGAAAGAUGGCCGAAGUCAUAGAGUUGCAGAAACUGAAGCUUGCUGAGCUGAGGCAGGAGUGUGAGGCCCGAGGUCUGGACACCAAGGGAAACAAAGGAGAUCUCAUCGCUCGACUGCAAUCCUAUCUGGAGGAGCACGAGGAAGAUGUGGACGUGGAUGACGUGCUGGCAGAGGACACAGAGGACUUAGAUAAAGUUGAGAUUGCCAACGAUGUAAAAGAAGAGAAGAUUUCCGAGUCUACUGAGGAUGAGCAAGAGCCACCUGCUGAUAAGAAGGUGGUGAAAAUAGCUCCUCCAUCAUCUUCCGGUGAAAGACUACAGAAGAGGGCAGAACGUUUCAACAUUCCUGCAACAGCCGAAAGCAAAAAGGCCAUACGUGCAGCAAGGUUUGGUGAAUCCACCGAGAACUCCAAUCCCGCUCCAGGUGCCGUUGUGAACAGUAAAGCUCCUGUGAACGUCGAUCAGCUGAAGAAGAGAGCUGAGAGAUUUGGCAUCAGCGUUUCCUCCGUUUCACAAAAGAUUGAAGAGGACGAAAAGCUGAAGAAGAGAAAGGAGAGAUUUGGGGCCUCAGCAGGUCCCGUUUCAGCGGAUGUUGAGGCAAAGAAAAUGAAGCGCGCUGAAAGAUUUGGAAAAGUUUGAAUAAUGUUUUAAAGCCUAUGAUUCUUUUUUUUCUUUUUUUUUUUUUUGUUUUCUUUUUUUUUUUUUUUUUUUGUAAAACAUCUUCAUUACUGCACAACAGAAAUCCCUGCAGACGACAAACGUCACUGAUAGGAUUCCUGUAAAGCAAAGGUACAAUUAAAUGCAAAGAUACAUUUGUGAGUUGUGUCAUUAAACGGUUUGGAAAACAAAAUAAUAAAAAGACGCCCUCGAUUAUUUACUAAGCCUCGAUGUCAGUGGAUAAUGCAAACUAGAAAAACAUUUAAUACAAACCACCUAUUUUAGUUUUUACUGGCGCACCGUUUUCUCAGGCCUUAGAGGCCUUCGAUCAUGUCAUUUUUAAUUUGCGUUCUUUUUAUUUAAGGAAUUAGAGGUGUGUUUAUACAAUACGUGGCCAGUGUUAUUGGCUCAUAUGUAACAGGUUUUGUUUUCCCCUCUCUACUAAAUGCACUGUUCACUGCUUCCUCUGAGCUGCAAUGAAAUCCAUUUAUCAAGUCUUUAUCCAGCAACUAGUCAAACAGCAAAAGCCUGUUCGUACGAGAUAAUUAGUGAUCCCUGCGUCAGGUGAUUCCUCACAAUAUAUUCUUAAAUCAAAAUGGUGCAUUAAACCACUGGAAAUUUCACAAACCAAACAGAAAAUGUGGGCAAAGCAGGGAAUGAAUUUACUGUGAAGCAGCUGUAGAACCAGACAAAAAUAGAAACUGAACUCAAACUGUAUCGACUCCAACAGUGUGCAGGAGCUAAAAACCAACCCGGUAUCUAAACGUGUCCUCUCGUUAUCAUACAUGCAACAAGGAAAAUGGGAACUUUUGGUCGUUGGAAAUAGAAAAUGUAACAGAUUCCUUCAAAGAACAAAGAGAUAAAGUCAAUUCUAACAGCAAGAUGAUCUAGUUCAUGGUAGUUGAACGGGUACAAGGUAAAUCCUUUAUACUAGUUCAUUGUAAGUAAUGCAACUAAACAAACCUUUUUUUUUAAUAAUUCAUGAAACAUUGGUAACUCAUUUAUUUGUAUUUAAUUGUACUUUUGAUUUUUCAGAUGGCUUAUUAUUUUUGUGUUUUCUCUUUGGAAAUCCAUCGGUGCACUGCUUCAGUUAUCUGUCCAUUUUAUAACAUUUUGUGAUUUAAAAUAAAUUGUUUUCAACUUUUUGAUAUCUGCUUCACUUGACUCCUGUUUAUUUUUAUUUUUAAAUCUACGGUAUGUGUCUUUAUACCCAUGCAAUGUCACUCAUGAAUUCAUACUGAAAGUUGUUUCAGUGUCACAAUAAAAGUACAAAACAAA